AUGUCGUGUUUGGGAUACAAAAUUCAAAUUACAUGUAAAAAAUCACUUUUGUCUACCUUUUCAUCGAGGUUGAAGGAAGGAAAAUACUUGGAGGUCUCUAAUUUUUCUGUUAGAGAUAAUGAUGGUGUAGAUCGAGGAACUACACAUACUUAUAGAAUUGAUCUAAAUUAUUCGUCCCAUAUUGCUGAGUGUGAAGAUUUACAAAUUGAUUCAUAUGGAUUGGAGUUUGUCACAUUUGAUGACAUACUAUUAAAGAAAUAUUCAAAUGUUUUUUUAAUAGAUUUUAUUGGAGAAGUUAGUGGCUAUAGUUCUAUCCAAGAGAAACCUUCUUCAAAAUUGAUGACCAUUGAUCUUAUUAAUUUAGAGAAAAAUGCAAUUGGAGCAAGAACAAUUUCUCCACGACCAAAUGAGAUAUCAACUGAGACUAAUGAGUUUCUAAAAGAGGAUAUCGUAAAAGACAUUAGUGAUUUGAUGCAGUGUGAACAGUCUGGGUUAGGUGUGUGCCUUGCUACAAUUGAAGACAUUGAUACGAAUUUCAAUUGGUACUACGAUUCAUGCAAAAUUUGUUAUAAGGGAGUCAAACGAGAUGGUGAUAAGAUAACUUGCAAAAGGUGCGGGAAAGUUUUGAAGGCAACCGUGCCUAGGUUCAGAUUGAAGAUAAUAGUUUCUGACAAAACAGAUGAUGCAACUUUUGUUCUAUUCGAAAAAGAGGUGCACAAGUUGUUGGAUAAAUCCGCUUCAGAUUUGUUAGAAAUGCAAGUGAAGAAAGGUGACAAGGAUGGGUUUCCUGAAGAAUUCACAAAAUUGCUUGGCAAAAGAUUACUCUUUAAAGUGGAGAUUCCUCACCCUAAUAAGGUUGGUCAGUCAAAGGAUUUUGCUGUUAUCAAUACAACUGACAAUCAAACGACUAUAGACAAAUGGAUGGGACUCUACAUGAAAAUGGCGUAUGAGGAAGCCAAAGAAGCACAAAAAGAAAAUGAGAGUGUCAAGGAAAUUGAAGUGGAUAAGGACCAUAAUAUGAGCAACGACCAAGAUUCGGCAACUUCUGUUACACCUCAAAAGCGCAUCUUAGAAACUAAUGAUGAUAGUGAUAACUGCAUAUAUAGCUCCCCUUUGGAUGCUCUGUUAUCAACAAACAAAAAGCCCAUGAUUGUUACGGAAGAAAAGAAGUGA